AUGAAGGCGGAGAGUCUAACAUUAGUUCUGGUGUAUCUCGCCGGAAUCAUGGAGCGAGCCGACGAGUCUCUGCUUCCAGGAGUUUACAAAGAAGUAGGAGAGGCUCUCCACGUGGAUCCCACAGCUCUUGGAACUCUGACUCUGUUUCGCUCUAUUGUCCAGUCUUCUUGUUACCCUUUAGCCGCUUACUUAUCUUCCCGGCAUAACCGUGCACACGUCAUCGCUCUCGGUGCUUUCCUCUGGGCCACCGCCACUUUCCUCGUCGCCAUCUCCACCACUUUCUUCCAGGUGGCAGUAUCAAGAGGCUUGAACGGGAUUGGACUCGCAAUUGUGACACCAGCGAUUCAGUCACUAGUCGCUGACUCAACGGAAGACAGUAACCGUGGAAUGGCAUUUGGAUGGUUAGGAUUCCUUUCAAACAUUGGUUCCAUACUUGGCUAUCUUUUGUCUAUCCUCUUCGCCUCCAAGUCAUUCAACGGCAUCGCUGGCUGGAGAAUCGCUUUCCUCUUGGUAGCAUUCAUUAGCGUCAUAGUCGGUGUCUUGGUCCGACUCUUCGCUAGCGACCCUCAUUACAGUGACAAGAAGAAACCCACAAAACUCGACAAAACCAAACCUUUUUGGACCGACAUAAGAGAUCUGUUGAGAGAAGCCAAGAUGGUUAUAAAGAUCCCGUCUUUCCAAAUCUUUGUCGCUCAGGGAGUCUCUGGCUCUUUCCCAUGGUCAGCUUUGGCAUUUGCACCGUUGUGGUUAGAGCUCAUCGGUUUCUCCCACAAGAAAACAGCGGUUCUUGUAACUCUCUUCACUAUAUCUUGCUCUCUUGGAGGUUUGUUCGGAGGUUACAUGGGAGAUAAACUUGCCAAGAAGUUCCCAAACGCCGGUAGGAUACUUCUCUCUCAGAUAAGCUCAGGCUCUGCCAUUCCUCUAGCUGCGAUUCUGCUUCUCGGAUUACCUUAUGAUCCCUCCACUGCCUUUAGCCACGGUCUGGUUUUCGUCAUCAUGGGUUUAUGCAUCUCUUGGAACGGUGCAGCUACAAACGGUCCGAUAUUUGCAGAGAUUGUUCCGGAGAGAGCGAGGACGAGCAUCUACGCCUUGGACAGAUCAUUCGAGUCGAUAUUAGCUUCGUUUGCUCCUCCUAUAGUAGGGUUGCUUGCUCAGAACGUGUAUGGAUAUAAACCGGUCCCUGAAGGAUCCUCAAGCUUGUUCAAGAUUGAAACUGACAGAGAGAACGCAGCGUCGCUAGCUAAAGCACUCUACACGGCGAUCGGGAUCCCGAUGUUGAUCUGUUGCACGAUCUACUCGUUCCUGUAUUGCACGUACCCGAGGGACCGAGACAGAGCGAAAAUGCAGGCUUUGAUUGAGUCAGAGAUGCAGCAACUCAAAGAAGAAGAUGAAGAAGAAGAAGAAGACAAGAAGUUUGGGAUUGAGGUGAAGUUUUCUGGAGCUGAGGAACAAGACGAGACUUAUCUGCUGAAGCAACAUCAGAGUGACAGUGUCAGAUGA